AUGCUCAAAACCAUCGAAAGUAAUUAUGGCGAUGACGAUGAUCAAAACAACAACGAUUACGGAUGUUUUGAAGUCCGAGGUGACAUAGAGUUUCUCGAGGGACAAUAUAUUAACAAUGUUAAUGAAGAGACGGAGUACGAUGGUGGAGAAGAAGACAACAAUAACGAGAUCGAUUCAGACAACCUCUCGUACGAAGAGUUGAUAGUUUUGGAAGAGAUAAUAGGAGCAGGGAAGAGAGGGGUAUCAGAGGAAGAAUUUUCUUCAUGCUUGAGGCCAUUUAAGUUUCAAUCCAUCUAG